AUGCACCUACUUCCUCAACCGGCCCUGCGUCUACUGCUCCAUCCUCCUGCUCAUCCUGUUCCUCACAUCCUGCAACUGGUCCGACCGAUGCUUCUUCGACUUCCGGAGCAACUGGUUCCUCCCGCGGCCGAGCACCUCCGAGCCCGAGCCCUCCUUCAACGAGACCAUGCUCGAAAUGGCGAACUCGACGGCCAGAGCUGUCGCGGGCGUGGCGGUCGAUGGGAUAUCUGCUACGAGCGCCGAGUGGACGGGUCUGGGGGUCGAGUGGCUGCGCACGUUGUUGGGGAAGAGGGAGUGGAGGAUCGAUUGUAUGGAUGUGUAUAUUCAGUUGUGAUGGUUGGGGGACUGAGCGUAUGA